AGAGAUUUAAGGGAUCCUUUUUUAUGUUGCGAGUAUAUUGGGGGGUGAAAUUGGCACCCCUGUUUUUACAAACCACACCCUCGCUUCCUGUUCUCAUGCACAUGUGCAUUGAAAAAUACUCCUGAAAAAUAGAAAAAAAACAAAAAAAAGAGGAAGGGUGUCUGUGGUUUCUAAAAGAGAGGAUGCCAGUUUCACUCCCUUUAUAUUUCUUGCAAUUUCCUGUAACUAUAUGUUGUGUCUUUGAAGAAAAGAGAGAACCUCGUGGGCAAGCAAGGCCAGCGACAAGGAAGACCAGAUCUUAUGUUAAGAAUCCAAUCAUUGAGGAAAGUAGAGUACCUAUUAACAAGGCUGACUUUGUUGUGCGCCCACUGGUGGUGACAAUGGCAGAGAACAUGAGUAAGGAGCUCGAAUUCUAUAGAACUAUGUUUGAGGCUGAACCGAUUGCUGGCCCCCAGAUCGGGUCUGAAAGAUCGUAUGAGUUCAAGAUUGGAGAUAAUUCAUUAUAUGUUGUUGCUGCUUCGUAUAUUGAGCAACUUGAGCCUCUUGGGCCUGCUCUUUGUGUGGAGACGGGAGAUGUAUCAUCUUUUAUUAAGAAAGCGGAAAGUGCUGGGUGGAAGUUGGAUGUCCUUGAAUAUCUGCCCAAUAUCAGGCCAGAUGAUAAGUUGAGUGGCGCUAGAAUGAGAACCAAAUUCGGUCAGAUCUGUUACAUCUGUCAGACACCCCAAACAAGAAACAAUGUACAAAAAGAGCAGCAAACAAACAUCAAGUCCAUACGCCCUACAAUGCUAUUUUAUGAAGAUAAGUUUGCUGAGGCAAUUGCAAAUUAUGAGGCUGUUUUCGGAAGGUCUCAGGGCUCUCUUUUUCCGUUGUUCCGGAGACGAUCUACUUCUUUUUCGGACUGCCUCUAUGCUGCAGCCAAGGAUAGGGGUUUUGGCAGUUCUACAUGUCUCUGCAUAGAGCCGGUGGACAUUGUUAAUUUCAUGGAGUCGUUCUUUAAUUUGAAGUCGUCCAUAGAUUUCUUCUAUCUCCAUGGUGAAGUGGUUCUACAUGACUGGGGAAAGACAGUUGUGAGAAUGAUGUCUCCUAGGCGUCACACUCUUUAUGUUUACAGCAGCAAGCCAUCAUUGACUGUGCUCUCAUGUAACGUAAAGCAUGGUGCUAUACAGCCACUGAUUCAGUUCCUUGGCUCAGUCAGUCAAGUAAAAUGGGUCAGAAUCCAUGUAGAUGAAAUUCCUCGUUGCUUGUCCUUCCCUUACCCGGAUUUGCUGAUUAUUGGUGAUGAGAAGAUACUUACUCUUGAGAGGAUGGAAAAAAAAUUGACUUCAAGGAAUUCGGAUACCAAGAUACUGCAGGUUCAUCGGCAACCGGUAUCAGAAGACAUGAAAAGAUUGUUGAAGAGGCAUGAAGCAGAAUAUGUAGGUCUGCCUUUGACAGUUGAGAAUGUUGAACAAGUCUAUUCGAGUUUUUCUGCUCCGAAAUCAGACAAGUGGGACUAUCUUCCUCACCUGGACUGGGCAUGAACCAAAAUAUGUAGGUUUGCCUUUGACAUUUGAUAAAGUCGAACUAGUUUAUUCUGAGUUUUUCUGCCCCAAAAUCAGACAAGUGGGACUGUCUUCCUGACUUAAAAUGGUGGGUGGAAGUUGAGAUGGAGGCUGACGAAGUUUGGUUCUUUUUGUUUUGGCUGAACAAAUACUGGUUUGGUUUUUGGUUGAACAAUACUGGGUUUUUUUUUUUUUUUUUGGUUGAACAAAUACGGGUUUGGUUCUAAUUUUAGACUCAUGCUUUCACAUGAAUAUCAAAUGCUUCUUAAUCCAGUUUUUAAGUACUCAAUGCGAUGCACUUUGAAUUUGUGAAGUUGAUUUGAUUCUCUCCUUUUUUAA